UGGCGGAACGUUCUCUUUAAUAUCGUCACUGACGCUAAAACAACAGAUCGGGGAAAAAAAAAUCUGCACCGUGAGCAAUGGAGGAUUUAUGGAAGAGGGCGAAAUCAUUCGCGGAGGAAGCAGCGAAGAAAUCUCAAACCAUAACCUUACAAUCAUCUUCCACCUCCUUCGUCAACCUCGUCUCCGAAACCGCCAAGAAAUCGAAAGAGUUCGCAAUCGAAGCCUCUAAGAAAGCCGAUCAGCUCAACGUCUCCGAAUUCGUCGCCGAGACGGCGAAAAAGUCCAAGGAGUUUGCAGCUGAGGUGUCAACGAAGGCGGAUCAGCUCAAGGUCGUCGCGAUGAAGCAGGCGGAUCAGAUCCAGAAUAUGAAGUCCAUUGCCGAUAUUAUUCCUCCUCAGCUUGUUUCGUUCGGGUCCGGAUCGGGAUCUGGAUCUGUGAUCUCGGAGUCGGAGCUGUUGAGUUUUGGGAUCACGGAUGAUCUGAGGGAGUUUGUUAAGGGAUUGACAUCUGAUACGUUCAAGGCUUUCCCUGAACAAGAUGAAUCGUCGGAAGUUUCUGAAUUGGGAACAACUGAGUCAAAUGUAAGGAAGGAUCUCUCGGAGUGGCAAGAGAGACAUGCCACUCUUGUUCUUGGCUCUGUCAAGCAAAUUUCGAAGUUGAGAUAUGAGUUAUGCCCAAGAGUCAUGAAGGAAAGGAGAUUCUGGAGGAUUUACUUUACUUUAGUGAGCACUCACGUUGCACCAUAUGAGAGGAAGUACAUGGAGGAGCUUAGGAACAAAGCAGAGAGUAAAGUUGAAGAAGCUAAGAAGACUCCAGCAGUUGGAGGGACAGAAACAGCUGAAAACAAUGUGACAAAGAGUAGAGCAUCUACUGCAUCGUCUGAGCAGGAUCUGGAUACAUUCCUCUUGGGAGAUCUAGAAGACAGUGACGAAGGUCCUGAUGAUGGUGAUGGUGAUGGUGAUGGAAGCCUAGAUGAUGAUGACUUUGACAAGAUUGGCAACUCCGAUGUUGAAGAAGAGAAAAAGAAAGAGACAAAUGCAGCAAACUAGAAAUAUAUAUUAUAGUUUUGUACAACCCACGGGAGGGAAGUUACCUUAUGGUAUAUGAUCUUUGUCUGUUCAUCAGUGUAUAGCUUUUGCUUUAGCGAAUAUGCAAAAGAAGACGCAUUUUAUUCAUUUGAUUCGCUUAUUAUAAAAACCAGACUUUUUUUGUUUGUUUGUU